AUGAAGGCUUUCAUUAUCUUCUGCGCCGUCGUAGCCUGCGCUUCAGCUGCAACUGAAAAGCGUGAUAAGCGCGGCUUGCUCAGCGGCCUGCACUCCCUUGACACUCUCUCCUCCUACGGAGGCUCAUACGGCGGGCUCUACGGUGGAUACGACUUGGCUGCACCUGCAUUAAGCUACGCCGCACCCGCUAUCAGCUACGCCGCACCUGCAAUCAGCUACGCUGCACCUGCCGCUAAGGUCGUCUCCGUCAACAAAGUGGUGAACACCCACAAAGUCGUCAACGUUCCUAAAGUGGUAAGCGUGCCCAAGCUGGUGUCGGUGCCGCAGGUGGUGACAGUGAACAAGGUGGUGGCCGCUCCCAGCCUUGAUUUAUACAGCGGAGGCCUCUCCGGCUACGGGUACGGAUCUGGACUCACCCUCGACGCCGGCCUCGCUCACGGCAACGCUUACGGCUUGGGAACCGGUUAUGGUGCCGGAUAUGCUGCCGGUUGGUGGUGA